UAGAAUUGUGUAUUUCCACCUUUUUUUUUUUUGAAAAUACACAAACAGUUCAGCAUUUUUAAAGAAAAACCUUAAAUUCUGAUACCUUUUAAUUCAGUGCGCUACACAUCCUCUGCCUCUUCCCAUGGUGGAGGGAUGAAUGGGUCUUGUUACUAGUCAUUGGGCAUCUAUGCUGAGGGUGGAGGAGGAGGAAGGGGGGUGGGGGGCGGUGAAGUGAAGCUGUCCCUGCAUCAAUGAGCCUGUUGAUCAGAAAAGACCACUAGACUGGUAAUGACACGGUUCACUGAUCAGACCGGGAGAAUAAAUAAAACUCGGCUUUCACCUCCGGCUCCACUGCUGCUCGGUCUACCUCAGAUAUACUGACACCUGUCCGGAGUCGUCGCGCCGCGGGAUCCUACCAUGAUUUUAGCUGCUGCUCUUCUGGUGAUCGUUGUUUCGUACGUGGAUUCAGAUGACUACUGUUAUAAUGAACCACAUUGUGAUCCUUACGCAUGGGGAGACACGUUCCCCUCAUGUCACCCUUUACUCGAAGAGCACCACUCUCCCAUCAAUCUGGACCACGAGAUGACCAGAAAUGAGUCUCUGGGGCCUUUGCAUCUGGAGGGCUUCGACAUGCUCCAAACAGGCCACUGGACGCUAAAGAACGACGGACACUCUGUCGUGUUGCAGGUCAGCAGUGGCAUGUCAGUGAGAGGCGGAGGCCUGCCAGAUGUGUACCACACCGUCCAGCUGCACUUCCACUGGGGAGGCCCGGCCACUAACGGCUCAGAGCACACGAUGGAUAGACGCAGAUACCCAAUGGAGAUGCACGUUGUCAACAUGAAGUCCAUCCAUCCGAAUAUGUCGGCGGCCUUGGAUGAUCCAACGGGGCUCGCUGUUCUUGGAUUCUUCAUUGAUGUUGUUUACGCAGACAAUGUGCAUUUUGGACACAUAUCACAAAAACUGUCCUCUGUUGCUUACAAAGGCCAAACUGCAAAAGUCAAACCAUUUCCACUGAUGAGCCUUCUGCCGAAGCACAACAUGAGUCAGUAUUAUCGUUAUUACGGCAGCCUCACCACUCCUCCGUGUUCUCAAGUGGUUGUUUGGACCCUGUAUGAGGUCCCCAUCUACAUCUCAUGGUCUCAACUGGCUCAGUUUACCUCACAGAUCUUCUCCACAGAGGAAGACGCAGAGCAGGUCACACCUCUACAGAACAACUUCAGACACAUCCAUCCCACCUUCAGUCGCAUCGUCUCUGCGUCCAAAGAUGCCAAACUGCUCAGAGGGACGGCGAGUCAUCCCCUCAGGUCAGCCGUGUCAGUGCAUCUGCUUCAAAUCAUUUUGCUGGGAGCUUUUAUCUCUGGACUUUAGCGCUGCGUUGAAACACUACAAAGAUGAGUUAAUGUUUUUGCCACUCAGUUUUUACCCUGAAAGCAACGUGUAGGAGUUAGUAAAGUUUAUUAUUUGAACCUGAGGUACCGUGUAGAGUUUUCACAUCAGUAGAAAUGCUCCAGCAAAGAAUAAACAUAAAAAAACAAACUGUGAAGAAGAGUACUGUAAUAUGUUGGAUUGUUACUAAAUGUUUUGUGAUUGUACCCUGCUGUCUGCAGGAUUAUUUAACUCCAUUUGUGCAUUUAACCUACUAACAGUUAAAACAAUGUGAAUUGAACACUGGUGUUCAAACAUGUUUUAUAUGCAUUUAUGACCUGUUGCAUUUAUAGCUUGCUCUUGAAAAGGUAUAAUCCUAAUAUAAACUGUCUUUUCAUUUAGCAUUAGCUGGCUAGGUGAGGUUGGGGUCAGAGGUCAUUUGUAACACCCAGUACAGCCGGGAAUGUCAUGAGUUUUGCAGAUAUUUGGUCAUAAAACAAAGAACUGGACAAAUUCUGAAACAAAUUUCACAGCAGUUCAUCCAAUAGUUGUCAAGAUAUUUCAUUAAAUACCCCCAAAAAAGUCAAGGUUUAAGGUGAUGGUGGAAAAAUCAGAGGAUCACCAAAGUCAGAGGGAUUCAUCCUCUGGGGACUACGAACAUUUGUACAAAAUUUCAAGGCAGUCCAUCUAAUAGUUGUUGAGAUAUUUCAGUCUGGACCAAAGUGCUGAACUGGCUGACAGACCGACACUGUAUAUGCUGCUAGCAUGGCUGAAAAGAAAAGGGAGGGCAAAUAGAAAGUAUUAAUCAUGAAGAUCUUUGGCUGUUGUUCACAUUAAAUGUCUCUAUAAUACAGAUCUCAAAGUGUAAGUUGAAAGCAAACUGUAUGUGGUGGCAGCAACUCACCUUGAAGUCUAGUCUAGUCAGCUGGAAUUUAUAGAGGCGGAUAGAAAGUACUGAAAGUUAUUUAUAACCCCAAACAAACCACAACGUCUGCUCUACUGCAUCAAGCUAUUCCUAUAAUGGUCUCUUCUUGGCAGACAUUUGACAUGUCAUAACAGGAAAACCACAGGUAUUAUUAAUAAUAUUAAGUGUUACCUAUUCCAUUUGACCUGCUGAUGAACUUUAAAUGGAACCGAGCCAUCGUUUAACGUGAUUAAUUACACCUGUGCUUCUCCUGCUGUGACAAGUCAAAACAUCCGCUGUGAAAAAAAGGCCUGUCGCAGAACAAAGAGCCCAUUAAGAAAAAAGACCUAAAAUAAAGUGGAAGUAAUGUUUUUCUAAUGAGCCGGCUCUCCUGCAUCCAACAUGCAAAAUAUUCUGUGUGUGAGCCUGUGCAUCAUUGCUUUGUGUGUCAAUUCAAUUUGCAUAUUUGCCCGGACCCCCGAGCAUCGCUGUAAACUAGCAGCAUGUAGAGAAGGGCUUCAAGCAUGCAAAUAGGCAACACUGAAUGAAAAACUGCAAGAUAAAAUAUCAAA